CCAUAAAUACAAUAGAAGCAAUAAAACAUGAAAUAAUUUGGUAUAUUACAGAAAUAUUAUUACAGUUGUGAAUAGGCCAGCGAUAAGGACAUGGUAUGAAUUUUGUCUCGAAGACUUUUUUCCUAAUAUGUGUAACCAUACCAUUAAUAGAGGCAGUCAGUGUGCGAAUAGAUGGCUUAAUAGAUCUAGGCCCAAACUGGACUUACGAAUAUCGUAUCAUGGAAAACGACGCUGCUAAACUCAAACACAUCGCUAGAGCAGGAAACCAGGAAUCUGUAGAAGAAGAGAAACCAGAAGAUGAUAGGAUACAGAAAGACGAGGAACGCCUACGCCUGGUCGAAGAGAGGCUUCGGCAAGAGGCAGCUGAGUUACGCAAAGUUGAGAACAGAUCACACAAGAAAAAAAAAGAAAGCACUCAUACUAGUUCCGAAGUUAAAGAAGAGCCAAGUCCACUCAAAGUCCUAAAACAUGACAAUCCGAAAUUAUUAAAAAAACAUACUAAAAAACAAAAGGAUGAUAAAGUAGAAGAAACUACGAUAGAAAUCAUACCGUUGAAGGAAUCAGAGGAAACUACAACUACUCCCCAACCGGAUAAAGUCACUUUUAGCUCAGCAGAAAGCGAUUCGCUUAUGGACAGCUCAGAUCUAACUACUGCAAAGAAAAACACAAUGUUCGAUAUAUACGAUUUCACUUCUACACGUAAACCUAAAACUACUUAUAAACACGAUUCAGAUGAAUCGACAACGAAAAAGCAUAAGAGUGCUAAAAAGGUUGAGAUUGAUGAUUAUAUUUAUUCAGAGGAUAAUAAAAAGGGGCAUACGGAUAUGAAAGUUGAAAGAUUACUUGAUAUUACAUUUGAACCAGCUAGUAUCAAUCUACCUAUAGCAUUAAUGACUAUACCUACAAUUGGGACGCAAGCGACACCAAUAGCAAUUACAACAAUGAGAACAGCCGACAUAUAUACUAAUCCACACAAAGUAAAAGACGACGCGAAUAUAACAGAAUUUACAAACGAAAUCUUAAAACGUACGCUAAAAGUCUUUGAUGAAGUUAAAGAGAAAACUAAUCAAUACCAUUUGAAGAAACAAAUUGAUCAUAUAGCAAGGAGUUACGAAGAAAAGUAUAACGAGUUUAUCAACGAAACGAACUCACAGAAAAUCAAAACUAGACUAGGCACACAGAAAGUUAUACUAAACAGUAUUGAAAUGUCUAAUCGCAUUUUAAGGAGAUUAGUUAAUUUCAUGAUGGGUGAUAUGGAUAGAAAAGGGCUUUUAAGAAACAAUAUGGCUUCAGCAAAUAUAUUUGAGAAAGAAUUGGAAAAGGAACAAGAAAUUGAAUUUGCAAACGCUUGCGAUAGAUUCGGUAUAUGUAGAACGGAUGCUGGUUUUCCUGAUUUCAUUGCUAAUGUAAUUGCAACCUUACUUCGUUGUGAUGAUAAACGAUUCAAACAAAGUAUAGAUGCUUUAACCGAAGUGGUCAAAGGCACAAACUACAAUAAGGCUCUUGAUUCAGACACUGAGCAGAGAUUGAAGAAUGGCAUAUCCAAAUUGGAAAUGCAACCAGUUUACAUAUUAAGACCAACAUUUAUGAUAAUAAAAAACAUAAUUUCGAAUAAGAAUAAGCCUUUAGUUGUGAAUAAUUUGAGCGCAAGUCGACGUGUGAACGCGACACUCGCGUUUUUGGAAAUAAUUGAUGUCAUGGAUCAAAAACUGCCUAGAAAUGAAUUGAAUGCUUUAGAGUGGGUUGAUAUAAAGAAUAGUUUGUCUGAAUUCGCUGAUGGUAAAAGGGAUGAUGUUCAAGAUAUUUUGGAAGUCUUCAUACGACAUCUAAAGAAGUGUAUAAAGGCAUUGGAUGAGUCGACGCGAAGUAUUGUGUCGAAAAAUAUAAAUGUAAUGUUAGGUUACGAAAUUAAAUCUUAAAAUAAUGUUGU